AUGUCGCAGUCGCGUACCUCAGCGCCCGUCACGCUGUCGUCUUCCCCCCCUCCUGGCGGCAAACAUCACCAGCCACUCCCUGGGUAUCUCGUGCGCCACCUAAACCUUGGCUUCAACCAGGACGACAUUUCCGCUCUUCUCAGCGCAAUCGACUCGAGCCAGGUAUCCCCGUCUAGCAAUACCAGGCUAGCGCACCUUCCCGCCGAACUACUGCUGCAGAUACUUGAGUACGUUCCUGUCGAUCAUGUGCUCGACUGGCGACUGGUGUGUAGGAGUUUUAGGGAUGCGAUUGAUGGGAGGGUCCUAUUCCAUCAUCUACACCGGACGGAGCUGAUUGGAUACAUGGGGUCGAGAUACUCGCAUCCUCUGACCGCGCUCGACGAUGAACAGUAUGAGAGGCUACACCUGCUGAGAGCGCGCUUCGAGUGCAUACAAGGACCAACUCCUGAUGCAUCGGCGAAGAACGAUACACCAGUAUGGAGCGGCAGACAGGCCUUGUUCCGAAUCGACGAUAGCUGGCUCGACGAGUUCCGACAUAUCAGCGGGGCGGCAGCGAGAAAAGGCGAUAUUUGGGAUUCAGAUAGACUGUGGAUCGAUGCUUUGAGUCGACUCUGUCUUUGCUCGAGCGAUGAACUCAUUGGUACACUGCGAUGGUGCAUCAGGCUCGACCAUGCUGUUCUCGAUCUCGACUUCUCCGCCCAAAGACUGGUGAGCGAGGUCUGUUUCUCCAUGCGCAAGGGAUCCAUACGGAUUAAUUGGAAAGACACGAUGUUCCGGUUCCUGAAAACAGAGCGAGCACUCCGUCUGAUGUUGGAAAAGAAGCGCAACUCGCCCUUUACAUACAGCCACAUGGAAGACUGUCUCCGCGCCAUCCGCCGCGAUCGCCUCUUCGCAAACCUCAACCGCGACGACCGCGACGACCGCAAUACAGCCUGGCACCUCCGCCUCCUAACCCCACUCUUCGGCCGGCCCUCAGAAAACCACAACACGAACCUCCAGCCCAUCGAAGACGAAGCCAUAACCCUUCUCCUGCUCCUCCGCCGUGCCGCCGCCCUCUCCCCUACGCAAACCCACCACCUCGAAACGCUCGCCGCAAACUACCGCAGCAUGGAAAAUGAACUACACGAACUGGACAACGCGUUUGGAGAAUUCAAGGCGUACAUGUCGUUACCGGGUUUCCAGAUGAAUAUCUUGUUGCCGGCUAUGAUUCGUAAUGCGGAUAGUGUGCCGAGGAACCCCGUGGCGUGGUCGGAUGAGUUGAGGGUUAGGAUCGAGUGUCAUGUGGAGAGGUGGCAGAGUCAGAGGAAGGUGGUGGAGCAGGUGAGGAUGUUGCUGGCGGCCAGUAAUGAGGCCAUGGCUGUGCCGGAUGAUAGCUUUGAUGAGCUGGGCAGUGAUAUUUGA